AUGUCGGUUUUGAGGGUGCCUAUCACGGAUUGCAGCAUCUCCACAGUCAGUGUUUCCGUGGGGUCGGCAUUGGCAGCGUUCGGUGGCGGGGGUGAGUCGGGAGAAGUUGCAGGCUUGCUGCGGCCUGCUCUUGCGGACUCUGUUUUUGGCCGGGUUGAUGUCAUUACGAAUUUAAAUUUAUUAAACUUGAACUGAGUUGUUUAUGGGUCUCUUCAGACGCCUGGGCAAACAGAAAUGUAUGCAAUUUUGCAAAGUUAAAUAUAUAAAUUUGGUCACUAAUUCAGGAGCGAUAGGGAGACGCGUGCUACAUCCUUGGCUUCCAACAGCGCCCCCGGUCUUGCACAUUUUAAUACUUCACCCAUUCAGUUUAAGGAAUGGACAGAACUUGCCCCGUGUUGGUAAUCCUGCCUUCUCCUUCUAGCCUUUCUGGAGAAAUUCCUUGGGCGCCAUUCCUACUUUUCAGACCGCAGACACAGCAAUAUAAACUGCAAACAACAUGACGAUUUGAGGUCAUUUUAGAGAUCUGAGAGGUAGGUUUUGAAGGGGGUUUAAACUUUCUUAGCGUAGAGUUCUUGAGACUUUCAUGGAUCAAUUUUAGAAGUUCUGCACAGUGUUCUUCUCAAAUUAAUUGAUUUGCAUAAUGCAUAGAAUGAGAGAGAGAUUGCUUUGAGAGACUAGUCAAGGCUCAUAUCACCUCUACCUUACCUGCCACCCUAUAUCCACUUCAAUUUGCUUACCGCCCCAAUAGAUCCACAGACAAUGCAAUCGCCAUCACUCUGCACACUGCCCUAUCCCAUCUGGACAAGAGGAAUACCUAUGUAUGAAUGCUGUUUAUUGACUAUAGCUCAGCAUUCAACACCAUAGUACACUCCAAGCUCAUCAUUAAGCUUGAGGCCCUGGGUCUGAACCCCGCCCUGUGCAACUGGGUCCUUGACUUCAUGACGGGCCGCUGAUCCUCAAUACUGGGGCCCCACAAGGGUGCGUGCUCAGCCCACUCCUGUACUCCCUCUUCACCCAUGACUGCGUGGCCAAGCACGCCUCCAACUCAAGUUUGCAGACGACACAACAGUAGUAGGCUUGAUUACCAACAAUGACGAGACAGCCUACAGGGAGGAGGUGAGGGCUCUGGGAGUGUGGUGGCAGGAAAAUAACCUCUCACUCAACGUCAACAAAACAAAGGAGAUGAUCGUGGACUUCAGGAGACAGCAAAGGGAGCACGCCCCCAUCCACAUCGACGGGACCGCAGUGGAGAAGGUGGGAAGCUUAAAGUUCCUUGGUGUAUACAUCACUGACAAACUGAAAUGGAUCACCCACACAGACAGUGUGGUGAAGAAGGCGCUACAGAGCCUCUUCAACCUCAGGAGGCUAAAGAAAUUUGGCUUGGCACCUAAAACCCUUACAAACUUUUACAGAUGCACAAUUGAGAGCAUCCUGUCGGGCUGUAUCACCGCCUGGUAUGGCAACUGCACCGCCCGCAACCGCAAGGCUCUCCAGAGGGUGGUGCGGUCUGCACAACGCAUUACCAGGAGCAAACUACCCGCCCUCCAGGACACCUACAGCACCCGAUGUCACAGGAAGGCCAAAAAGAUCAUCAAGGAUAUCAACCACCCGAGCCACUGCCUGUUCACCCCGCUAUCAUCCAGAAGGCGAGGUCAGUACAGGCGCAUCAAAGCUGGGACCGAGAGACUGAAAAACAGCUUCUAUCUCAAGGUCAUCAGACUGUUAAACAGCCAUCACUAGGACAUUAGAGGCUGCUGCCUAUAGACAUAGACUAGAAAUCACUGGCCACUUUAAUCAUGUUUACAUAUCUUGCAUUACUCAUCUAUUCUAUACUAUUCUAUCUUAGUCCAUGCCGCUCUGACAUCGCUCGUCCAUACAUGUAUAUAUUCGUAAUUAAUUCCUUACUUAGAUUUGUGUGUAUUGGGUAUAUGUUGUGAAAUUGUUAGAUAUUACUUGUUAGAUAUUACUGCACUGUUGGAGCUAGAAGCACAAGCAUUUUGCUACUUCCACAAUAACAUCUGCUAAACACGUGUAUGUGACCAAUAACAUUUGAUUUGAUUUGAUGAGGUGAGGUGGAGUUUUGAGGAGCUGGGGUUUCAUUCCAGAAGACUAGCCAACGUUCUUUCAGGAGCCUGUGGUCUCAACCAGCAGGACAGGGUUUUUCUGGUACUACCCAGGGUUCCAGAGGGUGCCUCGUCAAUGUGGUCCAUCUCAAAACAGGUGAGCUGGGAAAGAUCUAAUAAUGACUUGCGUAAAAUUCAAUAUUAUUGAAUAGAGUACAAGAGUAUGUUGAUAGGAUCAUUGUGGUCCAAAUAUAUGGUAUUGAUUGUCCAGAAAAUUUUAUCAGAUGUGUUGCAAAGCAACAAAUAUACAUUUUUGGUGCAAUACAAUACUAUGUUUAAGCUUUGGAAGCAAAACACUUUUACGUACAAUGCUGGUAUUAUCUGAUUGUUUAAUGUUUCCGCUUCUUUAUUUGUCUGUACUUAUUACAAGUCCCUAAGACCCUAGUUUUGUCGCCUCACAGGUACAGUCCUGCUACCAGGCACCUCUCAGCUGACAGCCAGGGACAUGCUCCACCGGCUGCAGACCUCCGAGGCCCACUGUGUUAUCACAGACGAGUCCCUGGCCCCCCUGCUGGAUGCCGUGGCCUCUCAGUGCUCCAGCCUGCAGCACAAACUGCUGGUGUCCCCCACGAAGAGAGAGGGAUGGAUGAACUUUGGAGAUCUGGUGAGAUAAUGAUAAUAACUUAAUCAGAUGAGAGUUUCAUCAUAAUGGCUCAAAUUCACUUUGUCUGAUCUAUUGGUUGAUCUACACCUUUGAUUGCUUGUUAUUUUCAUAAUUUCGGUCAAACUUAAAAUAACACCUUUCUCUCGCCAUAGUAAUGCUUCUAGCGACCAUGAGUGUGUAGAGACUCGCAGUUAUGACCCUAUGACCAUCUUCUUCACCAGUGGGACCACAGGGUCACCUAAGAUGACCCAACACAGCCACAGCAGCUAUGGGAUAGGUCUCACUGUCAACGGUAGGUAGUCCCGCCAUCAUAAUCAUAACCUUAACUACAGCCAAAACCCCAACACAACCAUAACAUAACCACAACCAGAGCACAACCAUAACAUGGGUUGAACUUAGAUUGCACUGACACUAACUGCUUUGGACUGAAACCCAUUUAACUGAACCCUAAUUGAGGUUUGUCUCUGUCACCCUCCUUCCCUCCUUCUCUCCCUCUCUCCUGUCUGAGUGGAGGUACUGGUUUGGCCUGACGGAGAGGGAUGUCCUGUUGAACAUGUCAGAUACAGGCUGGGCCAAGUCUGCCUGGAGCAGUGUCUACGUUCCCUGGGUGUCUUCAUCCAUAAUAUACCCUGCUUCGACAGUCACACUGUACUAGAGGUGUGUGUGUGUUUGUAUGUAUGUGUGUUCAUACACCAUAUGGUCUGAAAACACCUAUUCCCUUACCUUACCUCUUUGAUGUCAGCACAUUUUAGGGAAAUGUUUUGCUUCAGAUCUGCAAGCACUAAAUUUGACCACUAGAGGGCCCUGCAUGACCAUUCUCACUCCAUAGAACCCCUCUCAGACAUGUCUUCUACAGCAGGUUUGUCGUGGCUUUGUUAAUACUGAAUGUAGAAGGAAAUGUUACUAUUUAAUGUCAUACGGAUACUAAUAUUUCAUGUGUUUUUCUUUGAAAACUCUCUCCAGCUACCCCAUAUCCACAUUAUGCACGGCUCCAACUGCUUAUCGAAAACUAGUGCAAGAGGACAUGUCCAGGUAUUUGCUUAUAGAAUGACUAAAUAAUGGUCACUUUUAGAUUAAAACCAAAUCAUUAUUGACAUUUGAGACAUCUCUUCUUGUCAGGUAUAAUUUCAGCAACUUGCAGCAUUGUUUGUGUGAAACUGUGAGUUACGUUUGAGAAGACAGGUUUGAGAAGAAAGGUUUUAAAAUGAUCAAAGCCGGGUCUUUUGGGAAGGCUUCACCAGCGUAUGAUAUGCAGCUAGGUGCAGUCGACUGACCACAUUGUGUCCGUAGCACAGCAACAGUAUUGGAGAUUAUCAAAGUAAUUCAUUCAUUCAUGUGAUGUGUGCUAAACCAUCAACAAAAGGUGUCAAUGGGAAAUCAAUAAAGUUGCCCAAUGGAGUGGAGGGGAACCUUUUCCCUCUUUACUGAAUACACGGUAUGUAGGACCACUUCACUGCAAGUCAACUAGAUGCCACUAGGUCUCCCUGUCUGUUUUCUUCCAAUAGGGAUUGAUUAAAUAUCCACAUGAUUUAUUGAUUGAUUGGUUUUCUUGAUUGAUUGAUUGCUUUAUUUAUUUAUUGAUUGAUUGAUUGGUCCUUCUAUUUGAUAUUGAUUUGAACCUUCUGGUUUGUUUCCUUGUAACUUAAUGUUGUAAUAUUUGUGUACACAUCCGUGCAGUGUGACCCUGAGCGGACAGAAGAGUGCUACAUUGGGGACUUCUACCUGACUGGAUAUAGGUUCGUCAUGGAUGAGGAUGGCUACCUGGGUUUUGUGGGUUGA